AGGUUUUAGCUGUUCAAAGUGCGGUCAUUCAUACAAAUAUGCUCGGAGUCUCAAUAAGCACCAGAAAUACGAAUGUGGAAAGGAACCUCAAUUCCAGUGUCCCUUUUGCCCACAUAGAACCAAGCAAAAAACAAAUAUGAAAAGUCAUAUUGUGCUUAAACAUCACUGUGUUAAUAGUGAUUAUUAUUGAAUGGGCAAUGUUAAGAAUUGAAAUUUUUGCUAUUACACUGAGAUAAGCCAUAUUACUGUACAUUUUGCAGUAGAUGUUAUCGCUAUAAAGAAAAUCUUAGAAGACACGUAAAAUAUGAAUGUGGAAAAGAACCUAGCUUUGAAUGUCCUCAUUGUCCCCACAAGACAAAACGAAAGGGGUCGUUGAUGCUACAUAUCUUUAAUCGACAUAAGUUAUAAAUUUGUA